AUGCCUCGCUCACUCAAAAGCAUCGCCCUCGCCUUCGUUCGGCCCGCCCUUGACGCCCUCGUCUUCGGCCGCCACCUCCCUUGGCCCCUCCGCUGGCGUCUCCUCGCCCUCCAACCGAUAGUCUUCCUCACAAACUCCCUCGCCGUGGGACCGUACCUCUUCCGUCGCCCUUAUACCGUGAUACACAUACCCCUCGGCCCCGAGCGCUCCCUCCGCGCGCUCCUGUUCAGGCACGCAUCUGGCACAGGGACCGGCCGAAACGGCCUGCGGCCCCUGCACGUCGACUGCCACGCGGGCGGCUUCGUCGGGGGCGUCCCCGAGGCGAGCGUGCCGUUCUGCUCGCUCCUGGCGGCGGAGACGGGGGCCGUUGUCGUCGCUCUGAGCUACCGCCUCGCGCCCGUACACCCGUUCCCGGCCGCCAUCGACGACGUCGACGCGGCGCUCGCGUGGCUCCGACGUCAUGCCGCGGAGGAGCUCGGCGCGGACCCGACGCUGAUGACGGUCUCGGGCGCCUCGGCAGGUGGAAACCUGGUCCUGGCGGCGAGCCAGGGGAUACCGUCUGACGAGUUUGCCAUUCGCGCCGCGGUGACGUUUUACGCGCCGGUCGACCUCCGUCCGAGGCCGGAGGAUAAACCGCGCCCGGCGGCUUUCCCGAAGCGGGAUCCCAUGUCGUUCAUGCAGCUGCUGUACGAUUCGUACGCGGCGCCGUCGAGGGAAAAGGACUUGGACAAUCCGCGACUGAGUCCCUGCUUGGCCCGCGAGGAAACCCUGCCCGAGAGAAUGUUGCUCGUGGUUGCCGCCGUCGACAUCCUAGUGCAGGAGCAGCUGACGUUUGUGGAGCGUGUUCGGAGAGAGCGGGAAGAUAAACGGAAGCCAGGGGGUAGCGUCGAGGCUGUGUACGUGGAGGAAGCAUUUCACGGAUGGCUAGAAGGUGAGCUUGCUAUCUCUACGCCAUGUCACAAGAGGUUGGCUGACAUUGACACAGUACCUAAUGCUGUGAUACCUGUGGAAAAGAAAAUGCAGAUGUGGGAGAAAGGGCUGGAACUCAUCAAGCAGACUCAUGCACAACACGGAUUUGCCUGGAAGAAAGUCUAUUGA